AUGGCUAAAGUUUUAAAAGAUUUCCUUGAUAUUGAUAAAGAACAAGAAUUAUUACAAAGUUUUACACGUCUAGGCGUACCAUCCGAUGAUGAUGUUAAUGAAGAAGUCGCCGCAACACAAAAGAAGAAAAGUCGAAUUUUGACAACAUCGGCGGCCACCAAAACAAGCAAAAUCGCCACCACCAACAGCAGCAAGGAGACGACACGUAGAAAACAAUCGGUGAAAUUCAAUGAGGAUACAACAGAUGGUGGUGUUCCUUCCAAGGGCCAGCAUCAACGUAUGAAUCGCAUUGAAGCUGAGCUAAGAGCGGCCCGUAAAAGAACUGAGGAAUUGAUGCAAAAACGUAAAAAACCCAAGGAAAAUUUUGUUGACUUCUAUACGGACAAGGAUAGGGCAGCGGCUGUUAGUGCCGGGACAUUUGAUAUCAAACAGAGUUUACAAAUCAAGCAAAAACAAGAUCGCAGUGAAUCUCUUAUGAUACCAGAUGAGGGUGAUAUUAAUUCGAUCAUUGCCUUGGGUUUGAAGGAGAUUAAAAAUGCAAAUCCUGAAAAUGCCAUACAUUUCUUUUCCAAGGCUCUGGAACUUAAUAGCACGGAUAUAAACGCCCUGGUUUCUCGCAGUAAAUGCUAUUUACUGUUGGGCGAAGCCUCCAAGGCCUUGGUUGAUGCUGAGACCGCCCUGAAUGAGGAUAAAAAUAAUAUACGAGCCAUUUACCAAAAGGCUGAGGCCCUAUAUUAUUUGGGACAAUUCGAACAGAGCCUUAUGUAUUUCCACAGGGGUGCCCGGGCACGACCAGAGUUGAAUUCUUUUCGUUUGGGUGUACAAAAAACCCAAGAAGCUAUUGAAAAUACCAUUGGCGUGAAGACUGGCAAACCGGGCGCCAGUACAUCAACCAAAAAUAAACAUAAAAAAUCCUCGGACAAUACUCCGAAAUCACAGGUGAACAGUAGUGCCCGACCGCAUAGAGCCACCAAACCAUCUAAAACGGAAUUGGAACGUAGAAAUGCACGAAAACUUUUGGGUGAAUUGUGUGUCGACAAGGAGUAUUUGGAGAAUUUAUUAAAACAUCCCGAUUUGGUGAGGGCCGAUACCAAUACUGAAAAUAUAUCAACAUAUGCCAAGGAGGCAGUGGAUUUUCUAAAUAAACGUCAAGAGUUUUGGCGCCAGCAAAGGCCAUGUAAUGCCUUGCCGAAUCAAAAGAAUUUGCCAAUGGAUGCAAUGCCACGUUGGUUUUAA